GAAGUAGCCACGUAGCGUAGCAUUACCUUAUUGCUCAAAUGGAGAGUACCACUCCCCAGCGGAAGCUUUCAAUGCUCAUUGGGCAGCGGUCAGUGACUGAGUAUGGAGAGGAAAAGGGGCCAAAAUUUGUUUUGUGGCUUAUCAAGAGAUUCAGAAGUUGGGGAUUUAUCAUUGCUCAAUGGCCAAUGACUGCCAUCAUUACAUGUUUAGUCGUUUCCGCUUUGUCUACAAUCAUAAUAUUGUUGACUCCCCAACGCAAUGAAAUUACGAACUACGCGCCUUCAGAAUCUCGCGCUAUCAAAGAGUUCACCAGCUAUCAAAAGUUUUUUUCUUCGGAAGGGCUGCCAGUUGCUCCCUACCUCUAUGUAGUGGCCCGAGAUAAUGGAAGCAUGAUACGAUCUGAGUACUUGAAUGAGACCGUAAGGAUACUGGGUCAUGCUUUGCACAAUAUCACAAUGUUAAAUCGAAUAACUGGCCAAAACCAGAGCUUCGGUCACUUCUGCGACAGCUUCUGCUAUUACAACGAGCCCAUAAGCAACUUUCACCAACAUCUUCGCGAGCCAGGAGCGCAAAGCACUAAUUUACAACUAAAUUAUCCCCAGUACGUGAUUAAUGAUAUACCAAUCAACUUACAGCGUAACUUCUUUGGUGUCGAACUGUACAACGAUACAGAAGACCCUCUCCCGCAUCUGCUAGGAAGCGCAGAUACUGAUUUACAAACAAAUUCAACGGAGAUCCCAGAACGACCUAGGAACACUAACAUAAAAUCUGUGCAAAUGUUUGUCAUGCAAUUCCGAGCACAGCAUAGACCUGGGUGGACCGACGCUGAUGUAAAACAGUGGGAGAUGAAGAUGACCGAGGUUUUCCAAAGAAAUUUUUCCGAUCUUGUAAAAGUGUUUGCCUAUUCGCAGUCCUAUGUGGAGGACGAAAUGGUGAGAGGUGCAAGGAUCAUGAUUCCGUACCUGUCCGUUGGCUUUGUGAUUAUGUGCGUGUGCAGUGUAGUAUCAGUGAUGAGUAGAGCGUAUUAUAAACACCAGCAAAACUUGUACAAGACGGCUUUGGCUAUUAUGGCCUGUCUCACACCGUUGUUUGGAUGUGCUACAGCUCUUGCUGGAAUGUUCCUAUGCGGAGUACGAUUUGCUUCGAUAUUAUGCGUCGUUCCAUUUUUAGCGCUUUCCAUAGGUGUGGAUUCCUCAUACCUAAUGAUACAUGAAUGGCAGAGAGUCACGGAACAAAGGCGCGAAUCGUCCAGGAGAAAAGACAGUGUGGGAGAUCGGUUAAGCGAAGUGCUUUCCGAAGUAGGUCCCGCCAUCCUGAUCUCAUGUUUGACCAACUUUCUCGCGGAUUUUGUUGGCGCAUACUUUUCAUCUCCAGAGCUCAGGCUUUUAUGCAUUGCUAACAUGCUUUCCAUGGUCAUGGCAUUCAUAUACCAGAUGACAUUCUACGCUGGCCUGAUGUGUGUCGUAGGUCAAUACGAAUUUAGUAGGGACGAAAAAGAGAAAAAUAAAAUGAAAAUAAACAUUGCCGACAACAAAGUGGAUAUCGCCCGCCAUCGUCAUACUCUGAAUCGACAACCAUCCAAGCUCCACCAGAUCACAAAGCCUGUGAUCAGCAAGUGUAUGAGAGAAUACGUGAACAUUGUAACCACACCUGCCGUCUAUAUAGGCAUCUUCGUUAUCUACAUCGCAUACCUGGCAUUCAGCAUUUACGGAGUAACCAAAAUCAACAUAAGCUUGACAGCAAGUAAACUGUUUGCUGCAGACUCUCCGUUGCUGGAGCUGGAUUACUAUCGGGUGAAAUACCAAUUGCCCGCGUAUUCGAUGGCCACAGUGUUUGUUUCAAACCCUGGAAACCUAUCGGACUCACAUAGACUUCGACGAAUCAAUCAGCUUGUAGAAGAUAUGGAAGGCCUGAAUGGAACGUGGGGUAAAAAUUGGGGACCUGUAGGAACGAUGUUCUUCAUGAGAGAUUACGAAAAAUACCUACAAGAAAAAGCGGAUGCCUUGCCACCCGAUAAAGACAAGCUGCAAUACUUCCUGGCCGACCUGGACUACCAUAUAUAUAAUGGUCUUGUAAAGCUGCGAAAUGGCACUGAAGAAGGGGAUAAGCAACUUGACCGAUUUUUUUUCAUUACUGGAUACCAUGGAGAAAAGCUCUCCGAUUGGGACCAACGAGGUGCAAUGUUGCGAGAUUGGAGGAAAGUGAUCGAUGAAUACAAGGAGUUCGAACCUUCGGUAUUCCAUGAAGAUGGUGUUUAUCUAGACCUCAUCGAUAAUAUGGCUAGAGAUACAUGCGAGUCAGUACUCGGUACACUCGUUUGCAUGGCUGUUGUAUGUUUUGUAUUCCUCAACAACUUUUUCACAGUCGUCAUAGCUAGUCUUUCAGUGCUCUCCAUCUGUGCAGGAAUUCUUGGUAUACUGUCAUGGUGGGGAGUGGACCUCGAUCCUAUUACUAUGGCUGCCACCAUCAUCUCCAUCGGCUUUUCGGUGGACAUACCAGCGCAUGUUUCUUACCAUUAUUAUCAAGCAUGCAUACAAGAAGGGCCCGCAUCAAGACCAGCUGACAGAUUAGCUAACUGUCUGUCAUCUGUAGCCUUUCCUGCUGUGCAAGCUGCACUCAGCACUAUACUAUGUGUCUGCAGUUUGCUGUUUGUCAAUCUCUAUAUGGCUCAGGUUUUUGUUAAAGUAAUGGUAUUAUGCGUUGUCCUCUGCAAUUUACAUGGUCUUGUGUUUCUACCAGCAAUAUUGAUCAUGGCGGACUCCAUUAGAUGGGCCUUCCGUCCAAAAGGAGCUGCAGCUCAAGCGAAAGCGCAAGCGGCUAGGACAAGGCGAACUGGGAAGGUUGUACCCGAAAGAAUCUUUGUCAUGGACCGUCCCGCGGCUUGAAUUUAUGGGCUCUGCUUACGUGGACAUAAUCAAAGCGGAAUGCUUAUUCAAUACCUUUUUGAUUUCUUUCAAGUUGUUGCUAUCUACGUCAUCCUUGUUCUUGUGACU